CUCUCCCUCUCUGUGUCUCACUCUGUUUACAGCAAGAUAGUGUGUGGGAAUGCUGGAUCACCUGGAAAGCCUGGAGCGUUACAUUUACAACAGUCUUUACAAGGCUUGUUGCUUACUUUCAUGGCCUGCAAGUGGAUGACUAUGCCAUAGAUACAUGUCAGGACCAAUCGGAGCUCGCGCCCACAGGCAAACACAUGGCCUUGUAAGCUGCGACUGUGAACCGUUCUAUCAAGGAAAUUCCUCGGUCCUCCAGGGUCACCUCCGUGGGUUCUCUAUCUGGUGGUCUGUUGUGUCACAUGACCUGAUGUGACCUAUUUCUCUCAUCAUCUAACUGUGGCAGAGCAAAGGAUAAAGCACGACACUCCAGGGAGACGCGAUGGCGACUGAGGAAAAUCAGACACAGGUCGACGCUGCAGUUCUGGCUCCGCAGGCUUCACCUCCAUCCACUGGGAGCUGUUCCAGCAGGGAUGCCAGACAUAAAAACAACAACCAGGAAGUGCAGCACCAUUCUGACCAAUUGUGGCAUUCAAAACAGCGGAGCAGCCCGUCCCUUCUGUUAUACAGGAAGUUGUCAUGUGACAGCGGGAAAGGGACGAUUUUGCAGGAGGAAUGCGAGAGUCCGGAUUGCGACUCAAAACUCUCGACUGCCGAAGAGAAACUUUGCCCAGAGCUGCUGGCUGACAAGACAAUUGAGAAAAUAACUAACACAGUUACUCAGAUACCUGGGAAAAGUUCAGAGGGAUCUCUGUGCCAGCUGGACACCCCUGGAGAUGAUGUGGAUGCAGGCAGCACCAACUGCUCCUGCACCACAUCUAGCCUUUACACGAGUCCGAACAUCUACUGUUGCCACAGCUCCAGAUCCAGUCUGAGCCCCAGCCCUGUUCACAGUCCCCGCCUCAGCUCCAGCCCCUCUCGGCCCAACCAGCGGCACAUCCGCCGCAGCAGCCUGCCCGUGUCUAUGCUGGCUUUCCACAAGACAUCACCCUGCCUCUCCUCUCGGUCCAGUCCAUCCAGUGAACCGAGCUCUUUGGUGUCAUCUCCCUGUAGCUCUCCCCGUCCCAAACACUGCCAGCAUCACCAAAACGGACACAUCCACCGGCACCACCUCAAAGAUGGCUACUCGAGCUUAGAGAGGCUCAACCGAAGGCCCAGGGUCAGCAAAGGCUCCCUGGAGAAACUAUUCCUACGACGGGCAUCUCUAGAAACCAUGACGACAACCCUGAGGACAGAUGGGAGGUCAUCCUCAAGAGUGACCAGGAACUGCAACAGGGGCAGCAGCAGCAGCAGCAGUGAUGAGGGGGAUGGAGAGGGUCUCCUGGAUAACACAGAGUUUAUUAGGAACCGGAAAGAGCGUUCCACUAUCCUGGUGAGGCGCUUCAUGAAGAAUAAUCAAAAGGUGACCAAGUCAGUGUGUACGGGAACCAGAGCGAUUGUCAAGACGCUGCCAUCAGGGCGCAUCUCGGAGGAGGUCUGGGACGUGGUUGUUUAUCGCAGGAUGUGGCGACCCAGCAAGAAGGAUAUAUGGCCAGUUUUAAAGCGUGGUGUGAGAGAAGAAUUCAGAGUCUGCAGGGGGAUACUACGUCUUGUUGAGCUUAAGCAGGUGACCAACUAUGUGCAGAGCAGAGAGGAGCUCAACCUGAUCCAUCCUGCCAAAAAGCUCCUGCUGUCUUGCCCUGCAUGUCUCACAGAGUCUCGCUGGCCAUCUCAAAGCACCAGCACCAGCCCAGCCAAUCUGGACCUGAGCUCCUGUCUUAGUCCCUGGUGUUGCCAUCCUCCUCAGCCAUCGAGGUUUUAUCGUGCUUGUGCCCAGAGGACGUCUGUGUGUUCGCUGCUGACCGGAGCUCUACUGGAGGCCACAGCCGCUCUUGGUGCCCGCUCUGCGCUACCUUUCCCUUUGCCCCAGGGUCCCAGCAGCCACGCCGUGCUGAAAGAGCGUCAGCUGGCUAGCAGUAUGACCAGCAGCAGCUCUCUUCCUCCCAGCGUCAGUGGGAUCAGUAAGGAGCUGGCAGAGGUGCGCCACCUUGUUCAGUUCCCCGAGGAGAUCGCCUGUAUCCUCACCGAGCAAGAACAGCAGCUCUACCAACGGGUCUUUCCCUUGGACUACCUCUGUUUCCUCACUAGAGAUCUGGGCAGUCCCGAGUGUCAAACCAAACGCCACCCAAACCUCAAGGCCUCGCUGUCAGUCCCCACUAUGCCUACCCAGAGUGCUCAGCGAAGUAACGCUGUGGAGGACCUGGUGGCGCGCUUCAAUGAGGUGAGUUCAUGGGUGACGUGGCUGAUCCUAACAGCAGGGUCUAUGGAGGAGAAGAGGGAGGUUUUCUCCUACCUGGUCCACGUCGCUAAAUGCUGUUGGAACAUGGGAAACUACAACGGCGUCAUGGAGUUCCUGGCUGGACUCAGGUCCCGCAAGGUGCUGAAGAUGUGGCAGUUCAUGGACCAGUCAGACAUCGAGACCAUGAGGAGCCUAAAGGACGCCAUGGCUCAACACGAGUCUUCUUCUGAGUACAAGAAGGUAGUGACCAGAGCUCUCAAUAUUCCAGGAUGCAAGGUGGUUCCAUUCUGUGGUGUUUUUCUGAAGGAGCUGAGUGACGCGUUGGAUGGGACAGCAAGCAUCAUCAGCCUCAAGCCACCGCUAGAUACAGAGGACUCCAUAGACUUUGUGUCUGACUACAGCGGCCAGCACCACUUCAUGUCGCGGUCUGGUCCAGAUGGUCUACACGUCCCAGAGAAAGAAGCUACCGUCAGCAACAUCCUCCAGAUUAUCAGAUCUUGUAAUCGUAGUUUGGAGGCAGAGGAUCCCGACGAGGCAUCCACCAGUCCCUCUUCCACUGGCCCUUCCCCCACGUCCAGAAGCAACUCCUUCAGGGACCGCUGCCGCAAUCAAUUCAUGGUGGGGGACUUGUCGGAUUCAGAGGGAGACUUGUCGUCUGAGCCGGCGGUGAAAGAGGUGGAGUUUCAGGGGACUGAGGAGACGCACAGAGCUUUCAGCCACGGCACUGAGCUUAUUCCAUGGUACGUGUUGUCGCUACAACCCGAUGUUCACCAGUUUCUGCUGCAGGGGGCUACGGUCAUCCACUACGACCAGGACAGCCACCUCUCAGCUCGCUGUCUGCUGCGACUACAGCCGGACAACACAACACUCACCUGGGGUAAGCCUCAGAGCGGAGGGGCUUCCCCCACAGAGCAACCUCUGGGAUUAGGACAGACUGUUGUGGCAGGACUGGCUGAGGGUCUUUUGGACCUGGGAGUGGUGAAGGCAGUCUUCCUGGGUCACCAGGGAGUGGACGUCCAUGCUGUGUGUUUGCAAAACAAGCUGAGCCAGAUGACGGUGGAAGAGAACGGUCUUAGCCUCCUCUAUGGGCUCAGUACCACCGAUAACAGACUGCUGCACUUUGUGGCCCCGAACCACACGGCACGAACGCUCCAUAAGGGCCUGUCAGAGUUGGUGAACGCUACCAGAAAACUGAAGAAGUUUCCUGACCAAAGGCUGCAGUGGCUGAGGAGACAGUACGUCAGUUUGUAUCAGGAGGAUGGCAGGUACGAAGGCCCUACGCUAGCCCAUGCCAUUGAGCUGUUUGGUGGGCGGAGGUGGAACAUGGGUACGGGCGGGGUGGAGAAACCUGCAGGCCAGAAAAACAGCCCUCUGAGCAUUAAUGAUAAGACCAAGAAGAAGAAGAAGGUCCUUGUAAGGGGAGACAGCGGGGAUGCCACGGACGACGAGAUGGUUUCCAGGAAAACACGGAGCUGUAAGGAGGGACUGUAUCGAAACGGACCAGAGUCUGACAGCAUCGACCAGGAAGAUCCAGAGGACAGCUUCCCUGGACCGUUCUCCCUCUCAUCCAACAAAAACCCAGGAUUGCUAGCCUCUUCUUCCUCAUCCUCCUCUUCCUCCAGCAUGGCGGGGUCCAACCAUUCCCGACCGCAGUCCUCUCCGAUCCUCUCAGGAACAGCCAAAUCACAGCCGGGGGCGUGGAGCAGCAGGUCGUGGCACGGUCGAGGUAAAGGCUGUUUCAAAGGCUUCCAGAACCUCAUGAUCUCUGACAGCACGAUGAGCUUCAUUGAGUUUGUCGAGCUCUUCAAGUCCUUCAGUAUCCGAAGCAGGAAGGACCUGAAGGAGCUGUUUGACACCUUUGCUGUCCCCUGCAGUCGUUCAAGUCCAGAAUCUGCUCCCCUCUACACCAACCUCAGGAUAGACGACAAAGACACGGGGCUACAGCCGGACCUUGACCUUUUAACCCGUAACGGCUCUGAUCUCGGCCUGUUCAUCCGGACGAGGCAGCAGAUGUCUGACAACCAGAAGCAGAUCUCAGAUGCCAUUGCAGCAGCCAGCAUUGUGACCAACGGCACGGGAGUGGAAAACGCAUCGCUAGGCGUCUUGGGAUUGGCUAUCCCUCAGCUCAACGACUUCCUAGUCAACUGUCAGAGAGAGCACAUGAGCUAUGAUGAGAUUCUCAGCAUUAUACAGAAAUUUGAGCCCUCAUCAAGCAUGAGGCAAAUGGGUUGGAUGUCAUUUGAAGGCUUUGCAAGGUUCCUGAUGGAUAAGGAGAACUUUGCUUCUCGUAUCGAGGAGUCCCAGAUGAACCCGGAGGAGCUGCAGUACCCUCUGUCCUACUACUACAUCGAGUCUUCUCAUAACACCUAUCUGACUGGACACCAGCUCAAAGGAGAGUCCUCUGUUGAGCUUUACAGUCAGGUGCUGCUGCAAGGCUGCAGGAGUGUCGAGUUGGACUGUUGGGAUGGAGACGAUGGCAUGCCUGUUAUUUAUCACGGACACACGCUCACCACUAAGAUCCCCUUUAAGGAUGUGGUGGAAGCAGUUAACCGGUCUGCAUUUGUCAAUUCUGACAUGCCCGUCAUCCUGUCCAUAGAGAACCACUGCUCCCUCCCACAGCAACGCAAGAUGGCUGAAAUCUUCAAGACGGUGUUUGGGGAACGUCUUGUGACGCGCUUCCUCUUUGAAAGCGACUUCAGCGAUGACCCUCAUCUGCCGUCGCCGCUGCAGCUGCGGGGGCGGAUCCUCCUCAAGAACAAGAAGCUCAAAGCUCACCAGGCACCGGUGGACAUACUCAAACAGAAGGCUCACCAAUUGGCCCACAUGCAGGCCCAGGCUAGCAAUGGGUCAUCAGGGGUUUCUACGCCUGGAAACCACGCCAAUGAGGAGGAGGAAGAGGAAGAAGACGAGUACGAUUAUGACUACGAGUCUCUAUCAGAUGCUGAUGUCCUCACUGCCUCUACUGCCUCGUAUGGCCUGGAAGAUAACAUCCUGGAUGACAAGCCAGAGGGGAAGAGCUCAGCAGACAAAGAAGAGCAACCUGUUGAUGAAAUACCGAAGAGGAUGAAGAAGUCUGAUAGCACUACGCAGAGCAAAGGAAAGGUGUUUGACAUGGAGCUGGGCGAGGAGUUUUACCUUCCUCAGAACAAGAAGGAGAGUCGACAGAUUGCCCAGGAGCUGUCCGACCUCAUCAUCUACUGCCAGGCCGUGAAAUUUCCUGGCCUGUCCACGCUGUCUCCAGCUGGCUCUGGCAGAGGGAAGGACCGGGGAAAGAGCAGGAAGUCCAUAUUUGGCACAGCUCCCGCUCGCUGCAGCACAACAGGGGAGGUCACAGCCCAGAACCGCACCCCUGGGAAAGGUGGCGCCGAGCGGCUAAGCUGGGAGGAGCAGCAGACGUCUCCCGUCCUCAACCCCCCGACCUCGCUCAGCGCCAUCAUCCGCACGCCCAAGUGCUACCACAUCUCCUCCGUCAACGAGAACGCCGCCAAGCGCCUGUGCCGGCGGUACUCUCAGAAGCUGAUCCAGCACACGGUGUGCCAGCUGCUCAGGACUUACCCAGCAGCCACCAGGAUCGACUCGACAAACCCCAACCCGCUGCUCUUCUGGCUGCACGGCAUUCAGCUGGUGGCACUCAACUACCAGACUGAUGACCUUCCCAUGCAGUUGAACACAGCCUUGUUCGAGGCUAACGGUGGCUGCGGCUACGUCCUGAAGCCGGCGGUGCUGUGGGACCGUAGCUGUCCGCUCUAUCAGCAGUUCUGUCCGAUGGAGAGGGACGUGGAGAAAAUGAGCCCCGCUGUCUAUUCCCUCACUAUUGUCUCCGGUCAGAACGUCUGUCCCGGCAACAGCGCCGGCAGCCCCUGCAUCGAGGUGGACGUCCUGGGCAUGCCCGUCGACAGCUGCCACUUCCGCACCAAACCCAUCCACCGCAACACCCUCAACCCCAUGUGGAGCGAGCACUUUCAGUUCACCGUGCACUUUGAGGAGAUGUGCUUCCUGCGCUUCGCCGUCGUGGAGAACAACAGUUCCCAGACGACUGCUCAGAGGACUCUGCCUCUGAAGGCCCUCAAGCCAGGUUACCGACACGUUCAGCUGAGGACACAACACAACGAGCCUCUCGAAGUGUCGAGCUUGUUCAUCUGCAGCCGCAGAACGGAGGACGGUCCCACAGGGGGCGCUACUCUCUCAUCACUGCUGUUCAGUUCAGAGGAGAAACGUGUGUCGCAGCAGCACAGGGUGACGGUGUAUGGAGCCCCCGGUCCUGAGCCCUUCACUGUGUUCUGCGUCACGGAGCAGACGACCACCAAACAACUGCUGGACAUGGUUGUAGCAUCUGCAGGGAACCCAUCGGAGCACUUCCUCUGCGAGGAGAAGGUUCCCCUGCUGAAGGAGCGCAGUGAGGUGAAGCGCUGUGCUCAGCAUCGUCCUCUAGCGCCUGAGGAGGAGGUGGUCAGGCUGGUCUCCAGCUGGAACACUGAGGAGGGAUACGUGGGGAGGAUCUGCCUCAAAACAAGAGAGGAGAACCUAAACGAGAAGAACACGGCGCUGGAGGGAGAGGAGGAGGUGACUGUAGGAGGUAGAGAAGGAGCAGGAGGGGGCGGAGGAGGAGCAGAAGAUGACAUUUUCUUCGUCCAGGUCCAUGAAGUUUCACCAGAGCAGCCUCACACCGUGAUCAAGGCCCCGCGCUACAGCACUGCUCAGGACAUCAUCCAGCAGACGUUGUCAAAGGCCAAGUAUUCCUACAGUAUCCUAUCCAACCCCAAUCCAUGCGACUACGUCCUGAUGGAGGAAGUGACCAAGGACGCCAGCUCGAAGAAGUCCUCCACCCCCAAGCCUCUGCAGCGGGUGCUGCUGGAUCACGAAUGUGUCUAUCAAGCUCAGAGCCGCUGGCGGGGCGCGGGAAAGUUCAUUCUUAAACUCAAGGAGCAGGUGGCGCGGGAAGACAAAAAGAAAGUCAUUUCCUUCGCCAGCGAGCUGAAGAAGCUGACCAGCCGCAGCCGCAGCAUGACGACUGGCGGCGGCGUGGACGGCCCUGCGCAGAGUAAGGAUGAUAGAGCUGCAUGCUGUGUGGCUCUGACAGAGCUCCAGGAGUGAGGCUCACACUCUGCCUGCUGUCUGUGCAUGGAAAGGCAACAGAGGGUAUCUGUCUGCAGCCGCAGGUCUGAGGGCGUGGGUGGCAGAGGGCAGGGUGGGGGCAGGACGGUUCCUACAGGCCUCUUCCUCCUCCUCCUCCUCCUCCUCCUCCUCCUCCUUCAGUGGCCUACUCCAACCUGUCCAUGUGCCCACCUCCUCUCUGACCCCCCCAGCCUGGAAGCUUCACCUCCUCAGGAACUGGAAGAUCCACAAAUAAAACCCGCAGAGAGAGAGAGAAGCUGACUUCUGAACUCCGAAGGAUUCUGGUGUUUCGGCGAGGGUGUGGAAUUCUGGGAUACGCUCGUCUUUUAGGAGGAGUCUGAUCCUGUCUGCCGCUGGCUGAGCAAGUGGAGGACAGAGGUGACGGAUGUUCAGCCCCUUUGCUUGGCUGAAUGAUGCUCAGGAGUUUCACCCAGUCAGACGUUUUGAUUGGAAAUCCCACCCAGCGUCACUUUAGAGCAGCGGCGGGCACGUGGCCCGUCCCGUGAGGCUCCCGCAGGGAGGGGCGGCUGCUGUUAUUGGAGUCAUUAGGUAUGUGAUCAGGGACACAAAAAUAGCAUAUUCUCUUGCCAAUAUAUAGGAGGAAUUGUCAAAAUAAAAUGGUCCCGUUCAAAGGGUGAAGAGGUUUGUUUUUAGAUGUGCCACUUUCUCAUCUCCCAACAAGGAAGGAGUUUAGCUCUUGUAAGAGCUGAUGUAGCGCAGGCCACAUGUUGCUAUAUCACGCAUUUGGUUCAAAGUAAGCUUAAAACUACUCCCCCUUUUCUGCUUUCACGUGUAGAAAGCACACAGCAGGUGGAGGGAAAAAAAAGGAAGGAGAGAAGGAAACGGUGUUCCUCUCUCUUUCUCAGGUAGGAGCUCUUUAGGCUGAGGGCAUCGUGAAGGAGGAUGACAAGCUGGCUUGUCUGGUUCUUUUCUUACUGUCCCCGUUUCACAGUACUGUAAAGGCACGUCGCUCACAGAAAGAGGUGUCGAAGUGAGACGACCUGUCGGCAGCGAUGCUUCAGGCACUUUCUUGGACACUACUGCCUCCGGCCUGAAGGUGGCGACACAUGAGCAGCAUUUCAAGGCGACGCGGGCGCGUGAUGUUGAAGCGUCGUCCGUGUUGCCUUCGAGUGCCGAACACGGCCUUUAACUGUUGGUAAUUUUGUCGCUGUGUAUCUGAGGAAGAUCUGUGGCUCGUUUCACAAAGCGUUUCAGUUCUGUCAUCAUGGUGCACAAAUCACUUUGUCAACAGGCAACCAAAUCAAUAAUUAAUAGGAAUUUUGAAAAUAAAAAAAAUAUUUUUUUCAUUGAGGAAUACUGCCUGUAACUAGGUUAAAAGUCGUCUAAACACGAGUAAUUUACCAAAAUAAAAUACUGUCGAAAAACAGUCAUGAUUUGAAUCCAACAUGAACUGAUCAAAGAAGAGCCCAAAUACGAACAUAUGACUUUUAAUUCCAGCUGUCAUUUGAAUUCUAUGUAUUAAAAAAAAAAAAAAGUACUGAGAUUCAACACUCAGCCCUAAGGCUAAUAGUGCUAACAUGCCUGGGAAAAUUAAACACUUUCACCUCGAUGUGACAAGAGCUUAAUGAGGAAAAAAUAAAUAAAUUAAAUAAUCAAAAAAUAAAUUGCAAUGAUUUCAGCACUGAGAUCUUUUGGAAAACAGCGUCGUCUUCUUCAAACAGCAUUUUGCACAUUUAAUUUUUCCUUUUACUGUCAUCUUCUGUUCGUGUUACUGUCUGAUAAAUGACAGAGACUUGAUUGUUGAGAUGGUCGAAAUGUUUUUAUUGUUAUGAUCAUCGUAUUUAUUACUUUUAAUUUCAGCCCAGAUAUGAAUUUAGUUUUGAGGAAAGCACAAGCUAAAUGUUUGGAUUGUUUUCUGACUCUUCGUAGUCCGAGCCCCAAACCCCCCCACAUCAAAACAUUGUGAACAGAGCGAGUUGUGUACUGUCCUUGAUUGAAUGCAGUAUCUUUAUAGAUUAUUAGUAUUGACAGAUUGUCAAUAAUGAUGACUUACAGGCUUCUACAGGCUCUUUAUUUUUCCUUCCUGCUCAUUUUCUUUGAGUUCACUAAAACUUGAUUUAUUUGGGGCCACUUUUCCCCUUUUCUCUGUUUUGAUGUGCAACAUUUCCAUAUUUAAUUUUUUAGCGUUUGGAUUAUUUUCUCUCUUUAGAACAUAGUUUGGUUUUAUUUGGUAUUUCAGUUUUUAAUGCACAGAUAUUGGGACGCCCGCCUUUUAAAAAUAAAUGAAAAAUACUUUUAAUUCUAAUAUCAGAUCUGAAGAAAAUCAGUUUUGUGAGUUGCUUCUGAACCCACUGUGGUUAAAACAGUUUGGGAUUAAGAAUAAAUUAUGCCGUUAUAAUGAAAUACAUUUUUUAAUUUCUGGAAAAUGUUCUAAAACCUGCAAAAGGUGAACACUUCAUGUGAGGACACCAAGUAUAAUAUUUAAUAUAUAAUGUAAAAUAAUGUAAUGACGUUUGAUCUUUAGUGCAAUAGUGAAGUUUCUCUUCAACCCUUUAACUCCUGACCUUGGCUUGUUUGAAUUUGUCAAAACCGAUGUCACUCACACACAGAGUGCAGCUUCGGUCAGGCGGCGGGACGAUGCUCAGUGCUAAUGAAGGGAGAUUAGAUUGUGAUCCAAGAAGCCACAGCUGAGUGAUAAUUAGGCUGAUGGGUUCAGCAGUCACUGUAAUCCUUUCAUCCAUCCAUUACAGCCACGUAAAAGCUCAGAUUUCAUAACUGGUGAUUGCUUACAGCUGCCGUGCUGGAUGAUAUCAGCUGAUAUGACUAUGUGAAAUCCACACUGACUUCAAACAGAAAGGGACAUUUUCUGUUCAACUGUAAAUCUAUAAUCACUUCAUGUAAUCGUCACGACAUUUAACAUCGUUCAGGCGGAGCUCUGUUCCUCGUUGUCUUUCUUUCUGACCUGUAGACCUCAUCUCUGAAUGUAAUGUUUCUUAACGUGUUGAACCUGAGACACAUGUGCGUUUGGAUGUUAUUUAUUUUAAUGUGAAGCCCUGGUUGGCAAUUACCUGUUGUUGUUGUUUGUGUAUAAUUUCCUGUAAGUAGUUUUGUGUUUUUUUUAUUUAUUUCAAUGUAUAAGAGAUAAGAUAAACUCUCUACUGCCCUAAUUGUACUCAAACAUAUUUAGAUACGUGAAGAAAUAUUUUACUUUAUGUGUAGAAUAUUCAGUGUAGUAUUCAUAUUUCUGGCAUGUUAUUCUGCAGCACAGAGCAGCAUCUUUUAAUGCCCUUUAUUUUGUCCGUUCUCAUAAACGUGGACUCCAGCUGACAGUCAAAUUGUUUUUGGUGUAUUCAUUAUAUCCACUGAAUCUGACACGUGUGUUUGCUGACUGGGCUCUGUUUUUAAUGUGCAGCUCUCGGGUUGUUUCCAUGAGAUGUGCGGCAAACCCUUUAACAUCCACUGUCUGUGUUAUGAUGUGGCUGUCAAGUGAGCAUUUGUCUAUUUACUUGAAUUUUUCAAUGGAUGAGAUUUGGUGGAUUUGUCAUAUAUCAGGAUCACAAUAAAAAAAAUAAAAAUAGAAAUACAUAAU